CUCGCCGGCACCGCCCGCGGAAGCGGAGCUAGCGGCGGGGUGUGACAUGGCGUGCCGGGGGCGUGCGGGGCUGCUGUCGCUGCUGGGCCUCCUGCAGCUGCUGGGCUGCGCAGCUGCGUGUCCCUGCCAGGACCCGCGGCUCUGCCAGCCCAUCGCGGGCACCGGCGGCUUCGAGGUGUUCGUGUUCGAUGUGGGGAAAGAAGCCUGGAAAUCCUAUGACUGGUCAAAAAUUACAACCGUGGCAGCUUUUGGGAAAUACGAUCCAGAGCUCCUGUGCUUUGCUCACUCCAAAGGCGCCAGGGUGGUACUGAAAGGUGAUGUACCUCUUAAGGAAAUGGUUGACCCGGAUAAAAGAGCAGCGUGGAUAUCCCAGCAGGUGGACCUUGCCAAAAAACAAUAUAUGGAUGGAAUUAAUAUAGAUAUAGAGCAAGAAGUUAAUGAAACCUCUCCUGAGUAUUAUGCAUUAACGGAGCUUGUUAAAGAAACUACAGAUGCUUUUCACAAAGAAAUUCCAGGAUCACAGGUAACAUUUGAUGUGGCCUGGUCCCCUGCGUGCAUUGAUAAGAGGUGCUACAACUACACUGGGAUUGCAGCUGCCUGUGAUUUCUUAUUUGUGAUGUCUUAUGAUGAGCAGAGCCAGAUCUGGACCGACUGUAUUGCAAAAGCCAAUGCUCCUUACCUUCAGACUUUAGUUGGGUAUGAAGAGUACAUUACAAUGGGCAUUGAUCCUAAGAAGCUUGUGAUGGGUGUCCCCUGGUAUGGCUAUGAUUACGUGUGCCUAAACUUAUCUGAGGAUCAUGUUUGUUCCCUUUCCAAAGUACCAUUCCGUGAUGCCCCUUGCAGUGAUGCUGCAGGGCAUCAGGUGCCGUAUGGAGCAAUAAUGAAGCAGGUGAACAGUUCUAUUUCAGGGGCGCUAUGGGAUGAGGUACAAAACUCUCCAUUUUAUGAAUACAAGGAUUCUCUUGGUCGCUUCCACCAAGUAUGGUAUGAUGACCCUCACAGCAUCUCUCUAAAAGCAGCAUAUGUGAAGAAUCGAGGCCUAAGGGGCAUUGGCAUGUGGAAUGGAAACAGUCUUGACUAUUCCAGGGAAGCUGUAGCAGAAAAACAAACUAAAGCAAUGUGGCAAGCCCUGACACCAUAAGUAUAUGAAAUCGUGAACUACUUGAUUUAGAAUUAUGAAAAUUGGUCACUUCUGAUUAUAGCAUAUAGCAUGACAGAUUUUGACUUUUUAUAAAUAUACCACGAUAACAAUCAAAAUUUUGAGACCUACUGAAAUUCAUCUUGCUAUUUUGUACGUAAGACUGUAUUUUCAUUCUUUGUAAAGUUGCUUUACCUGUGCACUUUAAAAGACUUCUCAUCUUUUUCAUUUUUCAAAACAGUAGUAAAUUACCUAAAGCUCAAACCUAGUGUUUAUCUGGUAACAAGACCAAGUGAAUUGACAGGGCCCAUAUAAUAAUGGUCCCUGCUAAGGCUGCCUGGUGCAGCAGGUAAUCAGUCUGUGGUCACACAGAUGCAGACUCAGCUUUCUGACUUCCCAGCCCAACCUGUAUUUCAGCAAAGUCAUUCCUGAGUAUGGCUCAACGCAGAUUACUGAUAGGCAGAUUGCUGCUUAGAUGCAGCUUGGUGAAACUUGUGCUUAGAGAGAAGAUCUUUUAUACAUCAAAGGAAUUAUGUAACAUGAAAUAAUUGCCCUUAAAGUUUUUAUCAUUCUUCUUCUUAGAAAAGAACGUUCAGUAAACACAAGUUUCACCAUAUCUGUGUAUCAUGUAAACUCUUUAGUUUCAAAAGCCAAAAAUCUUGGACUUUAUCUUGAAGAGAUAGCAUUAAUAUUGAAAGGACUGGGAUGGUGUUUUCUACCAUUUCAAACUUUUCUAUUUCCUCAAAACUAGAAGUCAGUUUUCUUAUUUAAUGAACUGCAUACAUAUUUUUCCACACACUUCAAGAUCCACUUAGUUGUCUUUACUUUGCUUUUAUGUGGUGUUUCCCCUGAGAUAGUAGGGGAUUGUAUUUUCAUUCUAGCUAGUUAAUAUUCUUCAUAAAAUAAUUUGCCUAGGGAAAUUGUGUAACUUGUUCGAGUAACAGUAGUCAUGGAGAGACUGUCUGCUGUCCACAGGAUUUUUUUAUUAAAUGAAACACUGCCUUCUAAGAUUGAUAAAUGCUGUUGUCUGUUUAUGUAUGACUUGUUUCACAGCUUACAGCCACACAGCUUCUCUGCUUCUCAGAAGUGUCUCCUAACCAAAGAACAACUAUGCUUUGCUUUAGUCACUCUACUAAUUAAAGUUGAAUUAGAUACAUCGAGCUGGCUUUGCUAUUUUAAUAUUAAUACUUUAGCACUAAAAUUUUUAUUAAAUCCUUUCUUGAGAAAGAACUCAAAGGAAAGCAGACUGUACAGUACUGUAAGUAGCACCAAGAUCAUAAUUAAAACUUAUUGAAGGCAGAGCUUGCAUCUUCCACUAAUUACAGAAUAAGGCUAAUGUUUAUGCAGCUUUCCUUUGAGAGAGGAAAUAAUACCACCUAGAUAUGAAAGAACCAAAAGAUUUUGUUCAUACUUAAUAACGUAGCAGUAAUACAUUGAUAUUUUAUAGACAAGUAUACACAUAAUGACUAAAAUACACUUCAGUAAACAGCUAAACAAAGAUUACUUCUGCUCUACUUCUGUGUAAGAUGUAUGUUAAUCAUGUAUCAAAAAAUUAAAUGUGUGCCCCAAAAUCUGAAAAGAAGACUUUAGAUUUUAGGUUUAUUUGCUUAGUAGGUAUGAAGGAACAUCAGCAUACUGAUGUGAUGUCACAUGAUUCACUGAUUUACAUUUUUAAAUUAGUUUUGUUUUAGAUACAUGGCUAGGUUAAAAUGUAGGUUCAUGUAGCUGAUAAACCUUUCAGUAAUGAGAAAAAGAUGUGAGUUGCAGUACAUUAGUAGGCUAGUCUACAAAUUCCACAUCACUUGCAUUGCUGAUGUCUUUUUACAAGAGAAAUUUAAGAGCGUACAGAUAAGCAACAUAGAAGUUCUGA